AUGAAGCAAGUCAAGUCGCAGGAACCCAAUGGACGCCGUUAUCAUGCAUUCCGCGAGGGGGCGUACCUAGUGCCUAAUGAUGACGAAGAGCAAGAUCGCAUGGAUCUAGCACAUCACAUUUAUCGACUUCUCAUCGGUGGAAAGCUCCAUCUCGCACCGAUCGGCGAUAGCCCUCAGCGGGUUCUGGAUCUUGGUACGGGAACAGGCAUUUGGGCUAUGGACUUUGCAGAUGAAUAUCCCUCGGCAGAUGUUCGAGGCACAGAUCUGAGCCCUAUUCAACCCCAAUGGACUCCUCCAAAUUGCUCUUUUGAAGUUGAUGACUUCGAAGCAGAUUGGCUUUACCGCCAUUCAUUCGAUUUUAUUCAUGGCCGCGAGCUCGAGGGAUGUCUUUCCAACGACAAGAGGCUCUUUCAGCAAGCUUUCAAACACCUGAGCCCUGGAGGAUACAUCGAGCUACAAGCUGCGUACCCACCACUCAAAUCAGACGACGACACAGGAGAUAAGGCUACUGAUUUUCAUAAGUGGGUAAAUACCAUCUGCGACGCCUCUGCCAAAUUUGGCAAACCCUUGACUUGUGCACCGGAGUGGAAGGCAAGGCUAGAAGAGGUCGGAUUUGUCGACGUUCAACAAGAGAUUCGCAAGGUUCCCAUGGGUCCGUGGCCAAAGGAUCCGAAACUCAAGGAAAUCGGCAAGUUCCAGGCGGUUCAGGAAGCCCAGGUCAUCGACUCGUACACUCCCGGGCUCUUCGGUCGGGUGCUGGGUUGGAGUGAGGAGGAGAUCCAGGUCUUUAUUGCGAAAGUCAAGCGUGACUUGAAGGAUCCGACAAUCCACUUGUACCAGCAGCUUUACUUUAUCUGGGGAAGGAAGCCAGAAGUUUAG